AUGACUGUCAACCCUACAGUAUGCCAAAGCAACCAAGCUCAAAAACCCUCAGCAAACGAGCUUGAUCAAUUUGGUUUUAAACCUACAUCAAAUAAUUUACCCGUACCAAAUCCUAUUCCUGCACCAGGUUCUGACCCCGAACCAAAUCCUCAACCCUUACCAGGUUCUGAACCAGCACCAAAUCCUAUUCCUGCACCAGCUUCUGACCGCGAACCAAAUCCUCAACCCUUACCAGAUUCUGAACCAGCACCAAAUCCUAUUCCUGCACCAGCUUCUGACCGUGAACCAAAUCCUCAACCCUUACCAGGUUCUGAACCAGCACCAAUUCCUUUACUUGCACCGAAUCCUUAA